AUGAACAAUGAAGAUACAAGUGCUGAUAGGAUUUCAAAUAAUUCUGUUUCAACUAGUGAAUCAGAAUCUGUACAAUCUGUGCAAACUGAAUCUAUAAAUUCAUUAUAUUGUUCCAAAGAAAUUCAAUUUAAACUACUCCAAGAAAUUCAAAAUGAUGAUAAGUAUGGAAAAUCUACUGUAAAAAAAAGAAAAUCAAAUAAUUCUAUAUUACCUCUUGACGCUUAUUAUGACCCACAAGAAAAUAUCAACAAAGCUAAAGAAACUAGAGCAAAUAAAGUGUUAAUUAAAUGGAUAGUGUCUAAGUUAGAACUUUAUAUUAAUGCUAUUAAGGAAUCAUUAGAUCAACCAUGGGCUAGUAGUAUUACUUGGAAACCUUUUAUAAUGCAAGUUCAUCAAUUUAUUAGUAUUAUUCAAAAAUAUAUUGAAUAUCUUGAAAAUGUUAAUCAAA